AUGGGAGAUCUCUUUGUAUGGCUGAUAGCCUUCUUCAUUCUUAUUGCUCUACUUGUUAUCAUCAUCUUUCAGCUUAUGGCCUUGGCGGAUCUGGAGUUUGAUUACAUCAAUCCUUACGAUUCCUCAUCUCGGAUAAAUAAAGUGAUUUUGCCAGAGUAUAUAACAGAAGGGGUUUUGUGCUUAUUUUUUCUCGUUACAGGACACUGGUGUAUGUCACUUUUGUGCAUUCCGUACCUUUAUUACAAUGUGAGGCUUUACACACGAAGACAGCAUCUGGUGGAUGUGACUGAGAUAUUCAACAUGCUUAACUGGGAAAAGAAACUACGACUUUUCAAACUAGGCUAUCUCAUUGUUCUCCUGUUUCUUUCGAUUUUCUGGAUGAUUUUGACUGCCUUGGAAGACAGUGAUUAUGAUUAG